GCAGGUCCCGCCCCGCAGCGCCGGCCCCGCUCCGGCCGGAGGUCCCCGCAUGCCGCUGCUCCUACCGCCUCUGCACCGCGUCCGUGCCUUGGGCCGCCCGCCCGUACGCGCCCUCAUGAACCUCCGGGAGCUCGUUUCUUCCCUGAAUGACUUCGCCUCCCCCGCUCUGGCUGAAAGCUGGGACAAUGUGGGAUUGCUGGUGGAACCAAGUCCUCCCCACACGGUGAACACCCUUUUCCUCACUAACGACCUGACUGAGGAGGUGAUGGAAGAGGCAGUGCAGAAGAAAGCAGACCUCAUUCUUUCUUACCACCCUCCUAUAUUCGCACCACUCAAGCGAGUAACGUGGAAAACCUGGAAGGAACGGCUGGUGGUCCGAGCCUUGGAGAACAGAAUCGGGAUUUAUUCUCCACAUACGGCGUACGAUGCCAUACCUCACGGAGUUAAUAACUGGCUAACAAAGGGACUGGGCACCUGUACUUCUGUCCCACUGCAUCCAUCAACUGCACCAAGCUCUCCAGCUGAGGGCACUCACCGGGUAGAAUUCUGUGCAGAUGCUGAGCAUCUGGAUGCAGUGCUGUCCAAAAUCAAAGACAUCCCACAGAUCUCUUGUCUCACUACUCUCCCAGCCAGGGUUGAAGGUGAGGAACAAACACGAGUCAGUCUGAACUGCUCUCAGAAAGCACUGCUGGAGGUGGUGGCAUUAUUGUCCCAGAACAGCCUUCUCUAUCACAAGACUGAGAUUCUCUUACUACAGAAGCCUCUUCUUCCCCAUACUGGAAUGGGACGCCUGUGCACCCUGAGCGAGCCACUCUCCUUGGCAGCCACAGUCGAGCGUAUCAAAGGGCACCUGCAGCUCCCCCACGUCCGCCUGGCCCUGGGAGCGGGCAGGACACUGGAAUCACCAGUGAAGAAAGUUGCUCUGUGUGCUGGUUCUGGGAGCAGUGUCCUGAAGGGAACAGAAGCUGACCUCUAUCUCACAGGAGAGAUGUCCCACCAUGAUGUGCUGGAUGCAGUUGCCAAUGGGAUAAGUGUUAUUCUGUGUGAGCACAGUAACACUGAGCGAGGCUUCCUGUCAGAGCUGCGUGAUGCUCUCACCAUCCACCUACAGAACAAAAUCAACGUCAUUGUGUCUGAGAAAGACAGAGAUCCUCUCCAGGUGGCAUAGGGGGGAAAAAACUGCAGAGAGAAAAUUCAGUCACUAGUGUUAUCUUGCACAGACCCAUCCAAUUGCAGAGCUUAAUGAAGGUGCUUUCAAUUGGUCCAGUACAGAAUGAUUGUACUACAUGGUCCCUCAAAGUCUGGGGUAUAUUUUUUCAUGUCAGAAAAAUAAAUGUUUGUUUUGGAAUACCAAAGGUUCAUUUACUUGAUUACUGGACUGCACUUGAAUAAAUUGUUUAUUUACUGUUA